AUGUCCCAACGCCCAGAGAAAGUCACUGGCGGCUGCCUUUGUGGCAGCAUUCGCUUUGACGUUGCCUUCCCGGAAGAGGCGCCCUGGCCGCCCAAUUCAUGUUCUUGCCAAUGCGGCAUCUGCCGCAAAUUCAGUGGCUCAUUGAUUUCUCACGAUCUCAUCCUGAUGCCUCAACAGCUGAGCGAUAUUACUAAAGCGCCAACAUACAAGGAAUAUCAGUCGAGUGAGGGUGGCUACAGAAGCUUCUGCAGUAAUUGCGGCAGUGGACUCACGUGGAAGCUGUCAUUCAUACCAGACAUGGUUAUCGUCUUUUUGGGAACCAUUGACGAGGAGUUCUUGAUGGGCAACAAGAUCGGUGACUCUGAAGAACAAACCGAGGUCGGCCUCACAAUCAAGCGCGAUGGCGGCCUCUGCAAGGAGCUGACAAGCAUGAACUAUGGUCACAUCUUCUGGAACAACAGGAUCCCAGGAGUCACCGAUCAGGAGUCGCUGGCCGGACCCAAGUUUCCCGGGUCAUUUCCAAUGGAGUGA